AUGGCGGAGAAGGAGGAGUCGAGGUCCCUGGCCACCUCCGCCUCGGUCGUCCCCAUCGGUACCCUGGAUGAAGAAGGCGCCAGCCGGUGGCGGUCCGCUCAGUACCUUCGCAAGCGCCAGGGCGUCCUCUUCUGCUGCGGGUGCUCCAUCGUCACAGUGGUCGUCCUCGGUUUCAUCGCGCUCAUCCUUGCCCUCACCGUGUUCAAGAUGCAGGAUCCAAAGCUCACAGUUAAGGGGAUCCAUGUCGAAGGUUUGAAGGCGGCAGUCGGCACCAAUUCGUCGCUAAACGCGACGAUGAUGGCCGACAUCUCGAUAAAGAACCCCAACGUGGCAUCGUUCAGAUUAGAGAAUAGCACUACUGAGUUCUUCUAUCGCCGAGAGAGCGUGGGAGUCGCCUCCAUCCCGGGAGGCGUCGUCUCCGCAGACCACACAAAACGGAUGAAUCUCACCGUGACGGUCGUGACCCGCCAAGUUGCCACGCUGGAGAAUACCACUGACGGCAGUCCGACGGGAUCGGUGAACCUCACAAGCUACACGAAGAUUAAAGGGCGGGUGAACCUGUUCGGCAUAUUCAGACGGAAGCUGGACGUUUUCCUCAACUGCGAAAUGACCCUGGACCUGUCCCUCAACAAGCAGGACGCUCAGAACCUGGUCUGCGGAGCGAACACAAUAUAG